AAUUUUCGCCAAACAUAUUGCGUAGUUAUCGCGCAAGUCGGUAGUUUACGUAGAAUUAACCUCAAAUUUCUCAGUCAAAACGCAUCGUUUCUCACUAUACUUAAAAUCUUGUUGAAACGUUUGUGAUACAAAAAGCAUGAUGAUCCACAAAUUUAUUUCUGGCAUAUUUCAAUCCUUGCCGAAAGCAGGAACUUCGAGCCAACUUUGUUCGAUGUUUAAUGCAACACCUGGAUUAUGGAACUCAUGGAGUAUGACAUUUGUCAGAAAUAGAAUGAGAUAUCACUUUCCACAUCCCAAUGAACGUAUGCGUAUCAAGAAACAUGGAUGGUACGCUAGAAUGGCAACUCCAGGUGGUAGAAGAAUUCUUAUGAGAAGAAUUUUAAAGGGCAAACAUGUCUUGAGUCAUUAGUAAUAAAUAUAUCAUCAAUUUAACAAAUAUGAUACAUGAAAAUGUAUAUGGAAAAAAUAAAUGCCACUAGUUGACUCAAU